AUGGCUCUCUUCGAGGUGCCAGGAUGGUCGGUCCCUUCUACGCUGGUCUCGGACGGCCCACACUCCGCGCGGAAGCGCAAACGCGUGCCAGCCCAGGACGGGGACAGAGUGUCGGGCGCGGUGGUCAACUUCGAAAAGCUGAUGAAGAAGCUGGCCGCGGGGAGCGGGACGGGGAAGGAGGCAGAGAGGCCCCGCGGUAAUGCGAAAAGAAAGAAUAAGAUACCGAAACGGGACACGGGACGCGGGGAUAAGGAAAAGGAGAAGAAGGCGCGGCGCGAAACUGGGCGUCCUCAGGAUGCGUGCACGCAAGUGCAACGAGGAGAAAGCAUGGGCAUGGACAAGGGUCGCGCGAAUCGUAAGAAGAAGGGGGAAGCGGUGCGAGCGGAGCCAUCUGAUGGUAGGGAUGGGGUGCCGCCGACGAAAGAGGAGAAGAAGAAGUUGGCACAGUCAGUGCCACUCGAUGUUCACGACGAAGAGGGGCCGUCGAGAAAGAAGAGGAAAUGGAAGGACAAGCAGAAGAAUCAGGAUGACGCCGCUUCGCACGAUGCUCCCCGGUCGUCGAGCACGGGGCGGCCGACCCAAACCUCCAAGGCCGAGCAGGGCCUCACUGCGUUGCAGGCUGGGAUGAAGAGCAGUCUGGACGGCGCCCGGUUCAGAUGGAUCAACGAGCUCCUCUACAAGUCGGACAGCGAACAUGCACACCAGAUGAUGCGCGAAAACCCAAAAGCCUACGAGGAGUACCACACAGGCUUCCGCCAUCAAGUGCACGCCUGGCCGACGAACCCCGUUGCGCAUUAUAUCGCCGUGCUCGGCUCGUACUCUCUGAAGACCGUCAUCGCCGACCUGGGCUGCGGCGACGCCGCGCUCGCCCGCGCACUCACUCCGAAGGGCCUGACGGUGCUCUCGUUCGACCUCGUCUCCGACGGCACGUUUGUCGUGGAGGCGGACACCUGUGCCCGCGUCCCGCUUCCGGGCUCGGACACGGAGGGCGAAGGCGAGGGGAGCGUGGUGGAUGUCGUUGUAUGCGCGUUGAGCUUGAUGGGCACGAAUUGGUUGGGCUGCGUGCGCGAGGCGUGGAGGAUACUGAAGGCAGGCGGUGAGCUCAAGAUCGCCGAAGUCGCUAGUCGCUUUACAGAUGUGGACGAGUUCACUUCUGUGGUGUCCUCGAUUGGCUUUCGUCUCAAGUCCAAGGACGAUAGCAAUACACAUUUCACUCUGUUUGAGUUCAAGAAGGUCGCUAGAAAGGCGAAAGGCGAGAAGGAGUGGGAGAAGCUGCUGGCACGCGGGAGUGUGCUCAAGCCAUGUGAAUAUAAGCGGCGCUGA